CGAUGACUCUCACCGUCUGGAGUGUAUACAGGGAGGAGCGAGAGAUGGGGUGGGGGGGUGCUGUUGAAUUUGCGAUAGUGGCGCGUUAGCGAGGGGCAGGGGCUGGGUCGGGCGCCUUGGCUCGAGAUCUCGAACGCGCCCGUGACAUCCACACGUACAGUCGAUGGUGCCUUCCUAAAAAUAAAGUUGAGUGCCAACGGCUCCCCAUGCCCUCCUCCUGCGCUCCUCCCAGUGGACUCGGGUGCAUGGGAAUUCCCUUUCACAGGCAGCUCUGCGUGCAGUCCCCGGCACUCCCGAAGACCCACACUUGCCCUGGCACCAGCUGGUCCGGCACCAGCCACAACCCCCCCGGGUCGCUGCUCGCAUCGUUCAGCAUCUCGGAGCCCGCGGGGCAGCUUCCAACUUUUGCUCUGGGCAGAGCGGGCGCAUCGCGGUCGGGGAUGAGAGGCGUAAACAGACGUGAUGUGGGUGUAACAGAUAGUCAUAGCUAGUGCCGACGUCUAUAGGUGUAACAGAUAGUGCAGAUAGAUAACACAGAUGUAGGUACUUGCAUGUCCGUACCGGUGUGUAUUGGUUUGUUACGGUGACCGACACGAAAUGAGGGGCGUCUUCGUAGUUUGUUGAUUUCAGCGUAGUUCGUACGGUGUUGAGGUGUGAUGAUAAUGGUGAUAGGUUCCAGGCGCACACUGAGGAUCGGACGCACACAGACACUUUCAGACACAAACGUGCACAGUGCGACAGCAACACGAGAGAGAGAUGCACAAUAUUGACGCAUGCAAAUUGACAUACGCAGGUACAAAUACGCAGGGACGCAGACCAACACAAACAUCGUCCAGAUCAACUCGCGAAAAGAUAAAGAUCCCCCGUAUUACUGUAUAGCCUCUUAAUAAACUUGUGUAGCCAAGUGCUGUUAAGCAAGGACUCGCUAAAACAGACAGAAAAAAUACACACAACACAGACACACACAGCAGCGCACGCACACACACACAGGGCACCACCACCCCUCGUCCACGGCAAUGUUAUCCCGACUCAGGGGCUCAUCAGCGAGCCGCAGAGAAACCCAACAGCAGCAGCAGGAGGAUGAGGCCGAGCGGCUGCCUGCUGCCCGUGCUCUGGCUCGGCUCUACCGCCAGCACGUGCUGCCCAUCGAGCGCCGCUACGGCUUCCACGCCGCCCAUCGCGCCGCCGAGCUGCGCGACGCAGAGUUCGACUCCCCUCCCACGGUGCUGCUCCUGGGCGCACCGGCCGCGGGCAAGACCAGUCUGCUACGAUACCUGCUGGGCGGCCCCAGCUCCCAGCAGCAGCAGCAACUGCUUCAGCUGCAGCAGGGAGUGUUGCAGCCGGGCAGCGCCACGACCUUCGUGACGAUCGUGCAGCACGGGGAGGCACCGGGAUGCGUGACCCCUGGGCACGCCUUGGUGCUGGAGGCGAACUCGGCAUUCGCGGGAUUGGCGGCGUUCGGCAGCGCGGCUAUGUCCAGGGUGGUGCGUGUGCAGUUGCCGUGUCCCAUUCUGGAGAGCGUCACCUUUGUGGACACACCGGGCAUUCCCAACGAUGAGAUCGCCGCAGGGCAGCACGGCUCGACGCCCCUGCCUGGCGGCUACGGCGGGCUCCUGGCGUGGCUUUGCGAGCGCGCGGACCGCGUGGCGCUCGUGUGCGACGCCCCGCGUCCCUCGGUGUCGGAGCGCGGCGCCCUGGCCACGGCGCUGCGCUCGCUGCGCCGCCACCUGCACCCGCACAAGCUUCGCGUUCUGCUGCUGCGCGCCGACGAGCUGGGCGAGCCGGGCUCCCUGCUCCGCGCUCACGGGGCCCUCUGCUGGAGCCUGGGUCGUCUCCUCGGCAGAGGUCAUCCGCAGCACCAGCAGCAGCAGCAGAAGACGAGAGAGGGCCAUCAGAUGACGCUGGUGUCGCCACCGCGCGUGUACGCGGCUGCGUUCCGGGACGGGCCCCUGCGCUGGGACUGGAACCGGGACCUGCUGGAGGUGAACGAGAGGGACUUCAUGAACGACCUGCGGAGCCUGCCGCGGCUCGCGCCCCUGCGCCGGCUCAACGACGUCAUCGCCAGGGCGCGCCUCGCCAGGGCCCACGCGUGCAUCGUGAGCGCCCUGCACUCCCAGCUGCCCCUGUUUGGUCGCCGGGCGGCCCUGACGGAGCUGGUGGCGCAGGGAGGCCUGGCACCCGUGCUGGAGGUGGCGCAUCAGCGGUGGGGGUUGCCAGUGGGAGACAGGCCUGAGAUGGAGCCUAUGCAGGAGUGGCUCAUGCACUGCGACAUGAGCUUCAUCCGCCCCAUGGAGCGCCGUCUGCUGGCCGCCGUCGACACUCUCCUCCAGCGCGACGCUCCGGCGCUGCUCUCCCGCUUCCGCAAUGAAGCCUCCUCCUGCACCUCCUCAUCGUCGUCGCGUCGUCAUUCCAGACGUCCUCGCCCUUCCCUCCUGCUGCUGCCAGGCGGCCAAGCCCUGCCCGCGUCGUCCCUGGGACCAUUCGCCGAGGACCUGGGAUUCGCGUCUGCGACGUCUCCCACCUGCGGCGACGACGACGGCGGCGACGACGACGCCUCGUCGCCUGCGCCGUGGGCGCUCUCGGAGGAGAAGGCGCUGUACGAAGAGCUGUUCCGCUCGCUGUCACCCGUGCGGGGCCGCGUGUCGGGAGCGAGCGCGCGACUCGUGCUGCUGCGCUCGCGGUUGCCCGCGUGCGCGCUGCGCCGCGUGUGGCGCCUGUCCGACGUGGACGCCGACGGCAUGCUCGACUCGGACGAGUUCACCGUCGCCAACCACCUGGUGGCGGCGGCGCUGCGAGGGCGCGAGCUGCCCCGCGAGCUGCCCCCGCACCUCGUGCCGCCCUCCAAGCGCGAUCGCGGCCGGGGGCAUCGGGCGGCGGCGGCGGCGGCGGCGGGGGCCGGCGAGCUGGGGGACUCGGGAGCCCCCGCCGAUUGCGGCGUCGGGCAGAGCGAGCGGCCGGCGGAGUGAUCGGCGGCCGCUGGCGUUUGUGCCAUGCGUGUGCGCGCCGCGUUACGGGACGAUGUGACGCUGGACGCGGCGGCGGCAGCGGUCGGCGCGGAGGUCAAAACACCGAGUCGGCACCGCUGAGAGCCUGGGUUUGAAU